CACUCGCUCUGUUUCUCUGAUAUUUUGCUCUUCGCUGUUCACGCUUCUCUCGGCGCCUUAAACUCAAAAGCUCACACUAUCUCACUCUCUCUCUCUCUCUCAGCUGAGUCUAGAUCUAUAGCUCUCGCUUUCCAAAGCAGAAAACCCUAGAGAAAUGGUCUACACCAUCUCAGGGAUACGAUUCCCUGCUGUUUCACCGCUCUGCAACCGCUCGCGAUCGAACUUCACUGGCAAUCGCAGUUCAAAUAUCUCUCUCUUGCCUACCAAGGAUUCGUUUUCUCGGAAGAUCUUUGCUGGAAAGUCUUCUCCCGAUUCUGACUCCCCGUCUUUAACGGUUGCUGCAUCUAAUAAAAUCCUUGUUCCUGGAAGUCAGGGAGAUGGCUCUUUAUCCUUGACAGAUCAGUUGGACAAUCCUGAAACAGUUUUGGAAGAUCCCCAGGGAUUGCAUGAUGUGGAUAAUCAAACCAUGGAAAAUGACAAGAAGCUCAAGGAUGAAGAAAACUUUGUGGAAUCAAUCAGGGGUUACAAUGAGGUUCAGCAUGAGCAAGAGUCUGCCGCUUCAUCACUUGUAGGUGAUGAUAGUAGAGCUCAGGGAAAAAAGGCAUCUGUUCCUAUUGCCAAGACAAUAACCAUUGAAAAGGAUGAAGUUAGACCAAGGAUCAUUCCCCCACCUGGCCCUGGCCAUGGAAUAUAUGAAAUAGAUCCACUUCUGAAUAAUCAUCGUGAACAUCUUGACUACCGUUAUGGACAGUACAAAAGAUUGCGUGAGGCAAUUGACAAGAAUGAAGGUGGUUUGGAGGUGUUUUCUCGUGGUUAUGAAAAAUUUGGUUUCAUCCGCAGUGACACAGGUAUAACUUACAGAGAGUGGGCACCUGGAGCUAAGUCAGCAGCCUUGAUUGGGGAUUUUAACAACUGGAAUCCUAACGCUGAUGUUAUGACCCGGAAUGAGUUUGGUGUCUGGGAGAUCUUUUUGCCAAACAAUGCAGACGGUUCUCCACCAAUCCCACAUGGUUCUCGAGUGAAGAUCCACAUGGAUACUCCAUCUGGCAUUAAGGACUCCAUUCCUGCUUGGAUCAAGUUCUCUGUACAGGCUCCAGCUGAAAUUCCUUAUAAUGGCAUAUACUAUGAUCCGCCCGAAGAGGAAAGGUAUGUAUUUAAACAUCCUCAGCCGAAAAGACCUAAAUCACUUAGGAUAUAUGAAGCGCACGUUGGAAUGAGUAGUACGGAGCCAAAAAUCAACACAUAUGCCAACUUCAGAGACGAUGUGCUGCCGCGCAUUAAAAAACUUGGUUAUAAUGCGGUUCAGAUCAUGGCUAUUCAAGAGCAUUCAUAUUAUGCUAGCUUUGGGUACCACGUCACAAAUUUUUUUGCACCUAGCAGCCGUUGUGGAACUCCAGAUGAUCUUAAGUCUCUGAUAGAUAAAGCCCAUGAGCUAGGUCUGCUUGUUCUCAUGGAUAUUGUUCAUAGCCAUGCAUCAAAUAAUGUGUUAGAUGGACUGAACUUGUUUGAUGGAACUGAUAGUCAUUACUUCCACUCUGGGUCACGUGGAUAUCAUUGGAUGUGGGAUUCUCGCCUCUUCAAUUAUGGAAGCUGGGAAGUACUAAGGUUUCUUCUCUCAAAUGCAAGAUGGUGGCUUGAAGAAUACAAAUUUGAUGGAUUCAGAUUUGAUGGUGUGACAUCAAUGAUGUACACUCACCAUGGACUGCAGGUAGCAUUUACUGGAAAUUAUACUGAGUACUUUGGAUUGGCAACUGAUGUAGAUGCUGUGGUUUACCUGAUGCUGGUCAAUGAUGUCAUUCAUGGACUUUUCCCUGAGGCUGUUAGUAUUGGUGAAGAUGUCAGUGGAAUGCCAGCAUUCUGCAUUCCUGUUCAAGAUGGUGGUAUUGGCUUUGAAUACCGCCUUCACAUGGCUAUUGCUGAUAAAUGGAUAGAGCUUCUCAAGAAGAAGGAUGAGGAUUGGAGAAUGGGUGAUAUUAUUCACACUCUCACCAACAGAAGGUGGUUAGAGAAGUGCAUUGCUUAUGCUGAAAGUCAUGACCAAGCUCUUGUUGGUGACAAGACAAUUGCAUUCUGGUUGAUGGACAAGGAUAUGUAUGACUUCAUGGCUUUUGACAGACCAUCAACUCCCCUUGUUGAUCGUGGAAUAGCAUUACACAAAAUGAUCAGGCUAAUUACUAUGGGAUUGGGUGGAGAGGGUUAUUUGAAUUUCAUGGGAAAUGAAUUUGGACAUCCUGAGUGGAUUGAUUUUCCAAGGGGUGAUCGAAAUCUUCCUGAUGGCAGAAUAAUUCCUGGGAACAAUAACAGUUAUGAUAAAUGCAGGCGUAGAUUUGAUCUUGGAGAUGCAGAAUAUCUAAGAUAUCAUGGAAUGCAAGAAUUUGACCGGGCAAUGCAGCAUAUAGAAGAAACUUAUGGUUUCAUGACUUCUGAGCACCAAUAUGUAUCGCGCAAGGAUGAAGGGGACAAGGUUAUUGUCUUUGAAAGGGGGAACCUUGUCUUUGUCUUUAAUUUUCAUUGGACCAACAGCUACUCAGACUACCGAGUGGGCUGCUUCAAGCCAGGAAAAUAUAAGAUUGUUUUGGAUUCAGACGAUGCAAUAUUUGGAGGCUUCAAUAGGAUUGAUCACAGUGCUGAGUACUUCAGCUUUUCACGUGAGCAGGAUGGAUGGUAUGAUGAGCGGCCUCGUUCUUUCUUAGUAUAUGCACCUUGUAGAACAGCAGUGGUCUAUGCUUUAGUAGAGGAUGAACUGGAACCUGUUAAACACUGAUCUAAUGCUUAUAAUGGUUCUCCUGAUGUGACCAUGAUUUAGUCUUGCUGCCCUCCUGGAGGUAAUAUUAAAUGGCCACUAUAUGCAGUUCCAUCCUUGUAAAUUUUACAUUGCCAACAACCCCAAGAUGGGAUGAUCGAGGAGAAAAGUACAUAAGUAAAGGCAGAACAUGUGCACAAAAUUACAUUUCCAUGCGGCGCACGGGACCAGUCCUUUGUGAGUAGAUCUGUGGCAUUCUGUAUAUGUUUCAGUUGUAACUUGCAAGCUAAACUAUGUUCAGCGCUGUGGAUUUCAGCAAAGACAAUUUUGAUGUAUAGCACGCAAUGCAUUGUAAUGCUCUAAUGCAUCCAUCUAAUAAAAAUCAAGAUAUGGGGUUAUGCAGGUGUGCUUGCAUGCUUAA